AUAAGCAGUAAAAUUAUAAGAGAAAAAUAAAAACAAACAAGAACACUAUCCACAUCAAAAGUGAAUUUAUAUUAUGAAUAUAAUAAAAACAUUUUAAAUUAUUAAAAAAUAUAUGCCAUACUUUUGGUCACUUUUGGUAUUCUAUAGGUGAAGAAGUAUUAUGUCUGCAUGUAAAUAUCAGGGUUAAAAUUACGCGUAAAUAAACCAAACAAGAUAUUUUUAUAAACUCACAAAAAAAAUGAAUCCACAAAAAGCUCUAAGCCUUUUAAUGGCUUUAAAACAGUUAAAAGAUUUAAUGGAUUUAUCCGAUGAUGAGCUCAGAACAACGGAACGGCGUGUAUGGAUCAAUCCAACAUUGGCUAAAAGAAAAACUCAUAAUAUAGAGGCGCGUCUUUUGGCGGAUGUUUUAUGGGAGGAAACUGGAUAUCAGAAGUAUAGUCAGUUAAAUAUAGACGAUUUUGAAAAAAUACAUGAUAUGAUUCAACCAAAAAUUCAAAAACAAGACACCGUUAUGAGAGUUGCUAUUACCAGCCGCAUUCGUUUGGCAAUUACACUACGUUAUUUAGGUACCGGGGAUUCAUUGAGGGCAUUGGAAGUUAAUAGUCACAUUUCAAGAAAAACCAUGAGUAAAUUUUUGCCCGAAGUUUUGAGUGCGAUAAUAGAAUGUUUGGAAAGUAAAUAUUUAAAGCUACCGUCUACUAAAAACGAAUGGCUUGAGGUGGCUAACGAUUUUGAGGAGUUAUGGCAGUUUCCACACACCCUAGGAGCAAUAGACGGAAAACACAUACGUAUUAAAACUACUGGACAAUCCACUCCCGAAUAUUUCAAUAAUAAAGGCUAUUGUAGCAUUGUUCUUUUUGCUCUUGUCGAUGCCCAUAGCAAAUUUUUAUAUGUAGACAUUAGUAAAGGUGGACGUGAUUUCGAUGAUGCCGUUUUUAAAAAUUCAACUUUAAAUGAAUGGUUGAAAAAAGAAAAGCUAAAAGUACCUGCAGAUAGAGAACUUAAAGGACAAUUAGUCAAAACUCCCUAUUAUUUUAUAGCUGAUGAUAUUUUUAACUUUGAACGACACGUUAUGAAGGCUUAUAACAGUAAUAUAAAUCUGUUAAAUUCACAACAGGUUUUCAAUGAGAGAUUACGGCAUGCUCUGACGUCAGUUGAGAUAGCAUUUAGUAAACUGGCAGCUAGGUUUGGCAUUUUGUGUCGCCCUAUUGAAGUAAGCUUAGACACGUGUGAUUCAUUGGUACGAGCAUGCUGUAUACUGCAUAAUUAUUUAUCCAAGGAUUUGACAGAACCUUAUUCAUUUGAGAUAACAACAAAAGAACUUCCAGAAACUAUGUCCUCUUUACCGCCACAAUGUCAUGAACGUGUAAAAAAUGCCAAAGAAGUAAGAGAAAAUAUAAGAAAAUAUCUACUUACGGAAGAAGGUGCUUUCAAUGAUAAAUAAUUAUUUGUUGAUUUUUUUAAAUAAAACAUUUGUUUACAUUUU